GACCAAGAAGAUGCGGGUGCAGCGCCCUGCCCGGCUCCAGGCGAAGCCGUCGCCGCUUCCCCCCGUGGAGGUCAUCGGCCAAGGGGGGUCCUACAACCCCCCCUUCCAGGAACACCAGGAUUUGCUGCUGCGGGCACUGGAGGUGGAGACGAGGAGGACGAGGGAGGAGGAGAAGGUGGAGCGGAGGCUGAAGGUCACCGAGAGCCGCCCUCGGAGGUGGGAAUUUGGGAACGGGCGCAGCGGGCCUGGAAUUCAGGGUCUGAGCCCGGAAUUGGGGACUUGGGCCCACUCACGCCGGAGCUCCCGGGAUCCCGCAGGAGGCCGUGCUGCGGGAGCAGCUGCAGGGCUGCUGGAGGAGGAGGAGGAGGAGGAGGAGGAGGAGGAAGAGCAGAAGAGAAUCGGGAUCCCCCCGAAAACGGGAACAGCCGGGCAGGAAAACGGAGAAACAGCGACGGAAGGAGAAGGAGCAGAGGGAGAAGGCGCCGGCCGGGCCCGCUCCCGCCUGGCCUCGCAGCGGCUGCAGGGGCUGUUCCGGCUGCGCUCGCUGCGCCGGGCCCUGCUCCAGAGGGACUCGGAGCUGCGGCGCCGGCGGCUGCUCCGCGAACGGCGCCGGCUGCAGCGGGAAACGGCCCCGAGGCGCCUCGGGAGGCUCCGGUAUGAGGACCCCGGCCCCGAGGUGCAGCUCAGCGAGGAGCUCCCGGAGUCCCUGCGGAGCCUCCGGCCCGAGGGGAACGUGCUCCGGGAUCGCUUCAAGAGCCUCCAGAGGCGGAACAUGAUCGAGCCCCGGGAAAGGGCCAAGUUCAAGCGGAGGUACCGGGUGAAAUACGUGGAGAAACGGGCGUUCCGGGAAGUGACGGUGUGACCGGGACCCCCCCCCCCCAAAUAAAUUCCUUGGAGCAGCUGCGGGUCUGGGGGUCUUCUUUGGGAAUGGGGGGGGUCAAACCCAAUUUUGGGGGGCACCUGAACCCCCCCAAGGGGUAACU